AUUUCUAUUCCCCCCUCCUUUCCAUACAAUAAUCAAUGUCACAAGAAGAAACUCCUCGCGUAGAAUCACCUACACAAAACAAUGGCAUGAGUUGGCCCAGCUUGGGGGCUCGUGAACGUCGUGAUGAGACUCCCGAGAAAAGAGCUGAAAGGGAAGCUAAAUUAGCAGGCGCCGUCAAAACAAUUUUAGAAUGUAUUGGUGAAGAUCCUGAGAGAGAAGGAUUGUUAAAAACUCCUGAUCGUUAUGCAAAAGCAUUGAUGUUCUUCACUCAGGGAUAUGAAAGAAAUAUUCAAGAGGUUGUGAAUGAUGCUGUAUUUGAAGAAGAUCAUGACGAGAUGGUCCUUGUCAAAGAUGUUGAUAUUUUCUCACUGUGCGAGCAUCACAUGGUUCCUUUUAUGGGUAAGAUCAGUAUUGCUUAUAUCCCUAAUCGCCGGGUGGUGGGACUUAGUAAGCUUGCUCGUAUCGCUGAAAUGUUUGCAAGACGACUUCAAGUUCAGGAACGUAUGACAAAACAAAUUGCAACUGCAUUAAUGGACAUACUUCAACCUCAAGGUGUUGCUGUAGUUAUGGAAUGUUCGCAUUUGUGCAUGUGUUCUAGAGGUGUACAGAAACCUGGUAGUUCCACCAUUACAAGUUGCAUGUUGGGUGUAUUUAGAAGUAGCCCAAGAACUAGAGAAGAAUUUCUUAACUUGAUCAGACGAUAGAUUAUAAAAAGGGAACCCAAAAUCGAGAAACUACAAACUAAUUAUAUACACCAUCACCUCCACCAUUAUACUAAAUUCAAACUCAUUUCAAACAUCAAAAAAAAAAAAUUAUGAAUAAAAAAUAGAAAUACAAACAA